UGUAUCGAUCUCAUGCUAAAAGACAUAGCCAAUGAGAAAAGUGUAGCAAAGGUGAUUGAAGAUGGUAAAACCAUCACCAAUUUCAUUUAUAAUAGUGGAUGGGUGUUGGAUUUAAUGAGAAAAUUCACUGGAGGUAGAGAAUUGAUUCGACCUGCCAUCACUCAAUUUGUUACAAAUUUUAUUGCCAUUGAGAGUAUUGUUAGAUAUAAACAACAAUUGAGAGCUAUGUUUAAUAGUGAUGAGUGGAAGAAUUCUAGAUGGGGGAAGGCAAAGACUGGGCAGCCUUACAAUGUGAAAAAAUUAUUUUGGGAAAGGAGUUUUGGCAGAAAGCAACAGAGCUUUGUAAAGUUCAUGAGCCCCUAGUCAGAGUAUUGAGGUUGGUUGAUGGAGAUGAGAAGCCAACAAUGGGUUUCAUAUAUGAAGCUGUAGAUAGAGCAAAGUUGGCAAUUAAAAGAGAUUGUCGCUACUACACCGAGUAUGGUCUUUUCAAUUGCAUCAAGAUUUGCAUGCGGCUGGUAAGUGUUACGAUUUCAAUUAUAAAAUGUAUAUUUAUUUACAAUUAUUAAUUGUCUUCUUAUUUUUGAAGGAUAUUUUUUAAAUCCUCAAUUCCAAUAUGGUGUUACCUCAUCCAAUGAAAUGAUAAGAGAAGUGAUGGAUGGACUUAAAAAAGUAAUUACCAGACUGGAGCCUAAUAUGGAUGCUCAAGUGAAAGCAACAAAUCAAUUGUUGCUGUUUCGAGAUAAACAGGAAACUUUUGGUACUCCUUUAGCACAAAGAGCAUGGAAACAAUCAAAUCCAGCUGAGUGGUGGAUUAUUCAUGGCAGUUGUGCUCCUGAACUUCAAAAAAUAGCUGUGAAAGUAUUAAGUCAAACCACCAUAUCAUCUCACUGUGAACGUAAUUGGAGUACUUUUAGUCUCAUCCAUACGAAGACGAGGAAUAGAUUGAAAUAUAAGAAAAUCCAAAGAUUAGUCUUCAUCACCUACAACAUGAGAUUAAAAUUGAGACAUGUUAAAAGAAGCAGCCAAGAGGAGAUUGAUAGGAGUUUUAAUCCUAUUAACUUGGAUUACAUAUUUGAAGAAGAUGAUCCAAUAAGUCCAUGGAUAGAAGAAAGGGAAAAUCAUUUACUAGAUGGUGUAGAUAAUUCUGAAUGGCUAGAUUUGGUCUCAGAUGAUGGUGGUGGUGGUGGCGACGACAGCAAUGGCGAUGGCAGCGAUGGAAACGAUGGUGGUGGCACCCAUAGAUAUUAAGCUCGACGCACUUCUCAAAGCUCAACUCCUA